GCCGGAACCGCGGUGCCGUGAAUAUCGUUCCCUCCGUCAACAGCAUCGUUCCAACAACGCGUGUCUCCCAAACAACAUCAGAAAAAGUUGUCAGGGCUUUGUCAGAACAGAGAGAGAAAAUAUGUCUCUUGAAGAAACAAUGUUGGCUGCAUAACCAGUGGACUCGGCUUCCUCUUACCUGCUCCGAUAAAGGAGCACAAAAACAAUACCCGUGAAGGUUUUUGUUGGAAAAACAAACAGGGAACUUUUCCACCAAGUCGACGGUAGCUCAGUACUCGGAGAAGUUGUGUGUAAACAUCAGUGAGAAAAUGUUGUGUUUGUUUGUUUCCAUUCUGCUCAUCAUCGGGGUGCAGAGACCUACUUCGGUUCAUGGAGUUCCCGCCAGAGGAGGAGAUAAAAAAUUGGUGCCAAAAUUUAUAUCUCAUGGACAAACAUUCAGAGCAGUUAUAGGAGAUACGUUAGUGCUACCAUGCGAAGUUCAAGAUCUAGGCGCGUUCGUGAUCUUGUGGCGACGAGGCAGCGCCGUGUUGACAGCCGACAAAAUCAUGGUGACCAGAGACGAGCGAUAUCGCCUCGUCGACGGGUUCAACCUGGAGAUCGGCAACGUGAUGCCGCAGGACGCCGGUGACUACGUCUGUCAGAUCGGCGACGGUGACACACGCGAUCAGAUACACACAGUCGAAAUACUAGAGUCACAGAUGACAUGUCAGAUGUCAGAAGAUGAACCACUACCUUCAGGAGAGAAAGCAUCGGAGGGUUUUCAAAUAACAUUGGAGAAAGUGGAUAGACAUCAAGCGGGUGUCUAUCAGUGCACCGCAUCCAACGGCGUUGGGGAGCCAGUCACUGUCGACAUGCAACUAGACGUUCUAUAUGCUCCUGAAGUGGAGGUGGAGCGCAGUUGGGUGCAUUCUGGCGAAGGUUACGAGGCCCAACUGGUAUGCAUCGUCCAUGGGGAGCCCCAACCCAGUACGGUUUGGUACCAGGAUAGCUUCACACUGGAGCCAACGGAAAGGAGAACGAUGGAUUCACGUGGCAACAAACACACCCUCACAAUCAGAAACGUGCAAAGCAGUGACUUCGGCAACUACAGCUGUGUUGCAGAGAACUCUCUUGGAAAAUCUCGCAAAUACAUGGAACUAUCAGGUCGACCCAGUCCUGCUCAGUUUAGGAGUCCUCCGUACAGCACAUCGAAGAAUAGCUACAACUUAACGUGGUUGGUGGAGAGUUAUCCGCCACUUGAAGAAGUACGUCUCCUCUACAGAAAACUCAUGCUGAACGACUCUUACCAGACACCGGGGAAAUGGCAUGAUGUGGUGCUGCAGCCAUCGAAUGGAGAGACGUUCUCCCACCUCAUGUCCUACACCAUCCGCAAUCUAGAAUCUGCCUCCGUGUUCGAGGCUAUCGUCCAGGCCAAGAAUCGCUACGGCUGGAAUGAAGUGUCCGAUCUCUACCAGUUCUACACACGUGGACCUGGUGAGCACGUCUACGAUUUCCCAGCUGACCCGAACAUGAAAGAUAUGGAGCUGAUUGCACCUUCGUCCGGUCAAAGCUCGUCCGGUCAUUUAGCGAUCUCGUCGUUUAUCUUAGUACUUUUCAGCACCUCGGCCUUUCAACUGACAUAGACAGAUAACGUUACCGAAAUCUCGAAAAUGCUGAAGACAUCUCAUAAAAAAGUGGCAAACAUUGCCCCCAUUGACGUUAGGAGAACAACGUCGAACUGAAGUAAAUCAUUUAAUUCCCGCGUAAUGAUUUAUUCGCCAGUUCCAUUUACCUUCUCUCUUUAAGUGUAAACAAAGUGUGAUGUUUUUUAAUAUUUGGAUUAAGAGUCAUUUUCGAAAUAAUUUCAAAAAUCAAUAUUCGUGUUGCUCUUUUCUCCAUCUCUUUCACAUAUUCGAGUCUUGAAUAUUUGUCACGAUACUUUUGUAAAGAUGUAAAAUACCCUUGUAAAUAUGGAAAAUGUAAAUUUUCAUUAUUGUAACAAUGAUUGAUUGAAUUUUUUGUGUGAGUGUAGAAGAUAGAUUAUGUUCCCAAGAGCUGAUUGUCAUUUACGAAAUGCAUGUCUGAUAUAGAAAUCCACUCGUUUGGAUUGACAUUUUUCAGAUUCAUGAUGUUCCAAUCCGUUUAUGAUGAUUAUUAUUAUUCCAGUUCCUGUGUAUAAUUGCAAUGAUAGUGGAAUGAAUGACAAAAAAGAGAAAAAAUAUUUAUUUGAGAGUAGCAUUAAAUCUCACCAUGUGGAAUAAUUAUCAGGUCAUAUUGAUGGGAAUGCUCCCAAGCAAUAGCUUGAUGAAAUUUUUAACUUGCAUAUCAUUUAACUUAUGUACGUUCCAAUGGAUUGCGACUAGUAGUUGAAGAAAGUUUUAACAGCAAUUAGAUCAAUCUAGUCAACUAUCUUUCACUCAGUCGUUAUGUUAAUAUUGAAGUAAUGAGCUCAAACGACUUUUCAAAAUUAUGAUAUAACAGUUGAACCUCAUCUCUCUGGAAAAUCUCAAAUUCCCGGAAUUAAUUAUUCCAGAAUAGUAUGAAUCGGUGAACCUAUAUUAAUACGAGAGGAAGUCACGGAAUUGAUAUACAGUUGAAAAGUUUUACAGAAUAUCUUUCGUCUUUACUAGAAUGGGAGAGCGUACUUUACAAUCAAUCUUUGAAUUAAAUUCGAAUUAUGUUAUGAAUUAUUUAUUGUGUUUUUAAAAAUACAUCUGGAUCUCAUUAUCAUUAUUGUGAAAAUAUCUUAGGAAAGACUGGGAAACAUUUUCCAGAUGUUUUGAAAGAUCAUCUUCGUUCUAGAAUUUGGAAGAAAUAAGGAAGAAUCCUAGUGAUCUUCAAUAAAAGGUUAAAUCAAUGCUUAGUUCCCUUGGAAACUCCACUAACAAUAACAAUUACACAUCACUCUCGCUGUUCGGAGUCUGGAAGAUGUUUAUCUGAAAACGUUAGUGAGCUGGAGCUGGAGCCCCGAAUAUAUAGAUUCUAUUGUAGUUGGAGGGAUUCUAUCAAUAAAUUUGUAGUUGAGAACAUGAGAUCUCAAAUUUAUUGGAAUUUCGGAAUGAAUCAAUUUCAUUCUGAAAACAAAAACAAAUUAUAAGCCAUACAACUAACACUUGCUUUUCAUUAUAUAAAUUGAGAUAAGUAUUUUUCUCAAAUUUGUGUGUUUAUCACGAGAAGUAUAUGAUGUGAUACAUAAUUAUAUCAUCCAUUUUACCCUAUAGAUCAUUAUAUUUGUACUCGUCCAUUUGUUGAUGGAUGGCAUGUAAAUUAGUGUUUGAUGUCGAUGUUACAUGUUAUUUUUGCUGCUUGUAAUAAUUUUGUUGUGACGAAUAGCGCAUACUGUACUUUUUCUGUAAUUGUAAUUUUCGUAAAAGCUCUAAUUUCUUAUCUCGAAUUCCUUUCUUCUGAACCUGUUAUUCUUAUUGAUGUUUGAAUGUUCCACGAUUGGACUUCUUCGGAGUCUAUAGCUUUGAAUUUACUAGUGAGGUCAUGGAAGAAUAAACAUGCUAAGAUCUUAUCAAACCAAAUAAAUAAUGAUAACUCAGAAUAUAUUUUGUUCAUGCAAAUUAGUUAUUGUCAGUGAUCAUGCCAUUUAGUGACACCAUCACUCACCACAAAAAAAAUGGCAUUAAUGUGAUGAAGCUCUCAUGAAAAGAUUCCUCUCCAAAGCCACAAUUACUACCAGAAAGCAUGAACGACGGACGCAGUCUUUCCCACCAAGUCAACCAGGAAAUUGAUAGAUUGAAUUAUCAUUUCAUAGUUGCAACACUAUACCGAUCACUAACAUCUUAUUUUGUACAAUUGUAUCCUUGCAUGAUAAACAAUAUUCUGAGGUAAUUCCAAUUCAUAAUCAUCACAAUUUGAUCAAUCAUGAGUGAUCCAAACAUACUUUUCUAUUGUUUAAAUAUUUCUAGAAUUCGCUGUAGUUUUGUUAUUAACAUGAUGGAAUCAAAAAUGAUUGUAAAUAGAUUCCUUUUUUAAAAUUGUAUUUAAUUAGAUCAAUAAAUAUGUUUGUAAA